UAAAAAAAGGACCUUAAUCAUGUCAAUUGAAUGCUUUUUCAAGUCAUUGCUAACCCAGUUGACACACUGAAUGAAUUCUCAUCAAGUUUCCUGAUUGAGAUCUACUCUGUGUCUAUGGAGCUCUUCCUUAAAUAACAGUACACUGUGUAGGUCUAAUUGCUGAGUCAGAAGGAAGAUGAUCCCCCUGAGGAGGCAGCAAUGACAGUUUAAUGAUAGCAAUGUCAUGCAGGUGUUAGGACACUGAUAAAGUGCAUUGACUCCUGCCACAGCACUGAUAACUCAGCAUACUGCAUAUGCCUGGAAGCAGUUGCAUCAUAAUCUUUCCCAGUUGGAAUUAAUCCCAAUAAUCGGAUAAGGUAUUCAGCACAACCAGCAGGUAAUUAAUUACUUGUUGUUCGAACUCUGAUCUGCUUAACACUGUCAUGACGGGAUUGACAGGGCGUCACUUAGUUGCAGAUCAAUACCAGAUUUAUAUCGCUGUCAGUGAGUUCGGAUUCCUCUUCACAGUGUGUGCUGUCCGGUCCAUCCCCCCAGGACAGCAACAGGGACAACAGUUUCACAGGCAAGAGGCUAAUCCUCUAGAGGCAAGGCUGAGGAUCAAGGAUAACAUUUAAGCAUAGACAGUGCUAUCCUGUACACUGUACACAUACAACUACUAACUAAAUAAACAAAUGCUCUCAAGUCUGGAGAGAGCUGGAAAAUAGACAAAACCAACAAGACUGAGAUCAUAUUGUCAGUCAGAUCUUGUUCCCAUGGGUAUCAGAUAGACUGCUACUGUCAUGGACAUAGAAGACACUGACAUAUACCAGGCGCUACUUGACAAUGACCUGCAAGUUCUGAAGAAACUUCUCCGGGAGCAGAAUGUGAACCUCCGCGGGCGAGAUGGUCAGUCCUACCUGCACGCUGCUGUGGGCCAAGGAGCUCAGUCGGAUCUGAUAAAACAACUCCUGGGGCACAUAGACAUCAGCUUCCGGGAUGAAAAUGCUGACACAGCUCUGGACAUGGCCUGUCUAUACGAGAAGACACACAUCCAGGAAAUGAUCCUGCGCCAUGUUGGUUUCCUGGCGCUGGGUAAAGAUGUGCGCCCCCUGGAGCACCUGCUCCUGCAGGGGUGGGAUGCCUGGCCAGUGGAUGUGGACCGCAUUCAGGAGGUCAAGCUGGACAUAGCAAAGUUCUUCAAGCAGCUGCCUGAUUUUAUGGUGAAGGUGGACAGGGUCCACCACAGCAUCCAGCGGAACAGUCUGAAGGACCUGCAGCAUGUCCUCACCCAUCACCAGCUGGCUGCAGCCUGCGACCGGACCGGGCAGCCACCACUACAGAAGGCCGUCAUCUUCCAGAGAAACGUCAUUGUGGAGUACCUUGUGGAGGAAUACCCAACCACACUGACAGUCACUGAUCACACGGGCCGAACUGCCCUUCACUAUGCAGCCUGUAUUCCCGAUGGCUACCUGUACUCCGUGCUGCGUGAGGCUGGGGCAGAUGACCAGGUCCCUGAUCUUCACGACCUGUCCCCACAGUUCUACAAAGACAACAUGGAUGUCUUGAAGAUCCAGGAUGUACAGAGACAUGUGCGAGUUCUCCAGAAACGUCAGAGGAUCAACAACUGCUUCAGCCUCUCAGUAAUGAUGGCUGCCAAGGACACCAACUCCCUGCCCGACUCUGUCCGCGUCGUGCGUUCACCCAUGGUCCGCCGCAACAGCAGCCCAGCUUGUUCACCUUCAUCCACAACGAAGCCAUCACGGAACCGAGAUCUCAUGGCCAAAUGGCGCACACUUGUCAACAUAAUCCCAAUCCAGUCCCUCUUCAAGUCCAGUCGGAAGCAUCAGAACAGUGACGUGUUUGAAGACACUGAUCUGUAUGAAGCUAUCAUCAUGAGUGAUCAAAAGGAGGUUACACAUUUACUUCAGAGUAAUAUCAACACCCAGCUGAGGAGUCUGGAAGGAUGGAGUUAUCUCCAUCUGGCUGUUGCGCACAGCUCCCAUGCAGUCAUCAUCAGGCUGUUGCUAGGUCAUAUAGACAUCACAGUGCGUGACGCUGAUGGGCUUACUGCUCUGGAUCUGGCUGUUGUCUCAUCUGCUCCUCAUGACAUCAUCAGGGAGAUACAAAAAUAUAUCCUGCGGCCACUCAUCUCAGGGGAGAUAACUCUGGUGCGGACAUUAGCAGUCAAUGGUUGGUGUGCUUGGCCGCAUGAAAUGCUUGACACAACAUUUACUUCAGAAUUGCCACAGGAAUCAAAAGACUUUCUGUAUGCUGUUAAUGAUAUACAGGAUACAAUUGCAGCAUUUCACAGAUCUGUGAUAGUUUCGGACAUCGGUCGCAUUCAUCAACAUUUUACCAAUGAAAAACCAGAAAUAACAAACGUGCAGCUCCUGGAGUCAUGUGACCAGACAGGUCUUCCACCGCUUCACAAAGCUGUCAUCUUCCGCUGCAGUAGAGCUGUCACUCUCCUCCUCAACACCUUUAUUCAUGCCAUAGACAUAUGUGAUCACAUGCAGCGCACAGCCUUGCACUACGCCGCAUGUGUAGAUGACAAUGGUCAGAUGUACACAACACUACAAGACCUGGGCGCCGAGCCCACCAUCCCUGAUCUGUGGGGUUUUACAGCUGUGGAAUACCAUCAGAUGCCCCAUCUCAUCAACAUAGAAAACAUCCGCGAAAACAUCCUCAAGCUGGUCUCCAUACCCCCACCAUCGCAGUCACUGUCGUGGACCUUCCAUCACAGAGAUUUCAUGAUGGAGGAAAGCAAGCUGUUCCAGGCCAUACAGUCAGACAACACCGAGGACGUCAUUAACCUCCUCAACACCGAUGAAGACAUCAGCAUCCGUACCAACGACGGCAAAACCCUUCUCCACAUUGCUGCAGAGGGAAACACAAACAGAGAGAUUCUCAAUGCACUAGUGGCAAAAGUCGACGCAAGUGUCCGUGAUGUCAACAGCCAGAGUUUUGUGGACAUUCUGAGAGCUAAAGAGACUGCCGAGAAUGUCGACUCACUUGUGAAAAUGUGGAUGACUACGAUGGUGGAGAAGGGAAGCACUGAGGCGCUGCAGGCUCUGGUACUGUCCGGCUGGGACACAUGGGCACUCACACCUCAGGAGGCACGGGAGAAGUCUGAGGAUAUGGGGGAAUUCUUUGACAAACUGGAGGAGGUUCAGGACAAGGUAACCAGGCUCCAUGAGGCAAUAUGUGAUGGCCGCACACGUGAUGUCAAGAAUUUGCUUGACAGGAAGUUGUUGGUGAAGGCAGCAGACAAAAGUGGACUUCUGCCAUUACAGAAAGCUGUUGUAUUCCAACAAGAUGAAAUUGCAAAGUUUAUUGUGUCCGAGUUUAAGGACUCACUCAACCUUACAGAUAAUAUGGGAAGAACAGCUCUGCAUUAUGCAGCAGGAUGCUCAGACUCGGGGAAUCUCUAUCAAACACUGAAGGAGGCAGGAGCAGACGACACUCUGAAGGAUCUCACUGGAAAGACUGCAGCAGACUACCAGACGGACCCCAAGGAAGUGUUGGCAGAGACAGUGAAGAGCCGUCUGCUGUUGGUUCUGGGCACACCACCUAAGACAGACAGUGGUCAGUCUGCUCAAACAGCUGACCAGUCCACCUCAGCUGCACCUCAGACACCAGAACUAGCAACUGAGGAACCAGACCAAAUCACCACACCACUGAAAUCAGAUAAGAGUCAGCCAAUCAGAAUGUACAUCUCUUCUGACAUCUACGAGAAGAAGGAUGUCCCGGCACCAAGUACGGUAGAUGGAAAGUAUGUGUCGUACAACCUGGGCUCAGCUCUUACACUGGCACUGGCCGAGAUCGCUGAGAGGCGCCCCUGGGACCCCAUUGAGUACCUAGCUCACUGGCUGUACAAGUACAGGGAGAAUAUAGACUUCAACAAAAAGCAAGAGCAGCUGAUGAAGGAGAUCCGGGAGGAGGAGGCAGACCUGGAGGUGGAGGAGCAGCAGCAGGCCAGGAGGAAGGAGGAGCAGAUGCGGCUGCAGGAGGAGGAAGAGGCACGCCGUAAACAGGAGGAAGAGGAUGAGAGGAAGAAGAAAGAGCAGGAAGAGCUGCAGAGAAAGGCAAAGGAAGCAGCUCUCUUACAGAAGCCCCAGCUUCCCACAGUGACAGAGGAGGGAGAAGAAGACACCAUGAACAAGGACCGAGAUGAGGAUGGGCAGACUGAACUUCACAAAUUGGCAGCCCAGCAAGGAGCUGACCUCAUUGCCCUUCUCAACAUGGGCUACAGCCUUGCAGAUCGGGAUGCCAACAACCGCACUGCCAGAGAUGUCGCUGAAGAAAAUGGCAUCACAGAAAACACUGAGUCUCUUGACUCUUAUGUGACCAAUCUGCUGGAGCAGGAGAAUCUGGACAGUCUACAGCAGCUCCUGCUGGACGGCUACGACCAACUCACCGACGUCAUUGACAGAGUCAGCACCGACGGUCUGCCUGAGGAUGUCACUGACUUUGUCAAGGCUAUGCCAGACUUCAAUGAAAAGAUCUCCCUAGUAUUCAAAGCAGUACAUUCUGGUGUGCUGCGAGAGGUGAUUCAAGCUCUGGAGCGUAAGAAGCUAGCCACAGCUAAAGACAAGUAUGGGAGAUCACCUCUACACAUAGCUGUGCUAUCUCAGCACAUGGACAUCAUCAAACACAUCCUCUCCAACUUCCCCAUCUCAGUCAGGUGCAGAGACAAUUUGAACAGAACACCUCUACACUAUGCUAUGGCAAUAUCAGAUGAGGUCGCUGAGCUCUUGCAGGAAAGUGGAGCAGACGCACAAGCCAAAGAUGUUAAACAACGAACACCAUCUUAUUACAAAGAUGAGAAGGCUGACAUAUUGGCCUUGAAAGACACACUUGAGUCAGGAGAAAGCUCACAGGAAGCAGACGACACAGAGAAAGGGGAGACAACUGAGUGAAAAUGGAUACACCAUCAACAUGAUAAUAGUGCGAGUGGCACUAGUGGGUCAAAUAACAGAACAACGGACUCUUUGUGAAGACAUUUUCGCAAACAAAUACAAAUUGUUGUCAUUUGGUCACUGAGGAUGAACACUCAUUAUUGUAUAUACAGUGAUAGCCUCUCUCAACAAAUAGACACACUGUCAAAUGUGGCACCAAAGGCUGUGUUAUUUCACCAGUAUUAAUGUAUGAUAUAAGUAUUUUCUAUGCCAAGAAGUAUCCAUGUUAUCACUGAUGUUGUUUUGAUAAUAGUUUUUAUAUGCCCAAGACAACAAAUCUUUUUACAAUUCAUUCAAACAAGAAUAAACAAAUCAAUCUUUGGGGGAAGAGAAGGAUUAUCAACAUAUUGUCAUUUUACUUGUUUCUGUCCAUAUUCCUCGUAUUAACCAAAGAUUAUGAAAUACAAAUGUAUCAACAAGAUCAUAUAAACAAAACAAAACCGGCAGAUCACGGGCUACAGUAACCAACACUGAAUGAGUUUUGUAUGUGCCAUGGUAAGAGAUCUACGCAAUAAUGUGUAAACCUGGUUACUCAUCCAAGCUCAUUAAUCUGGACGAGGAUGUUUUUGGUUGAGGAUGUUUAAGGAGGGACUACAGCAGAGCUGGUAGGUGCUGUCCAGUGAGGUUUAACAACAUUUACAGAUUAUCUACGGUUUUAUCAGCUUGUGUUUGCAGCUGAUUCUCACCAAGUGCUGAGGCAGAGAUCUGCAUUUCUCUUGGCAUUAUAUGUUUAAUAAUCACUUCAAGUUACCAAACAUAACAGAUGUAAACAUAUUCUUCUUAUUCCUCUUGUGACUGUACUUCACAGAACACUUCUAGGAAAUCAACUUAAAGAUCUAUACAAUAGCUGUUCAGUAUUUCUUCUAACACUCUUCUCGGCAUACAUUUACACAAAAUACUAUCUAGCCCGGUAUUCCUUGUACAUGUUGUAUGAAUCAUGAACCAAUAUAUUUGUAGGUUAACAUGGUAAAAGGAAUUCUGACAAAUAUUCAUGUCAGCACAGGCAAUAUUUUCACAAAAGGGCAAACAUGGUAAAAGACAAAAUUCUUCAAAUAUCCAUACUAUCACAGGAGGAAUAUUUAGACUGUCAAAGCUGAAGAUACUAAUAAAAACUACUUCUAAAAUACCAAGGCUAUUAAACCAAACUUUUCUUUUGUGAUGAUAUAUGCAUCUUUUACUUUUUAGCGGCCUCUUAUUAUCUCAAAUAUAUAUGAUUGUUACUGUAUGGUUUCAUCAGUGGUAAGAUGUGCAUAUAAUGUCUGAUCCAGCUUGUCGCAUGCCUGCCCCACUGUCCGUUCUAGAGCAAUGGCUGUUACACUCCAUGUUACAUUCUGCUACCAUGGAGACUGGGGUUGUUACACUCCAUGUUACAUUCUGCUACCAUGGAGACUGGGGUUGUUACACUCCAUGUUACAUUCUGCUACCAUGGAGACUGGGGUUGUUACACUCCAUGUUACAUUCUGCUACCAUGGAGACUGGGGCUGUUACACUCCAUGUUACAUUCUGCUACCAUGGAGACUGGGGCUGUUACACUCCAUGUUACAUUCUGCUACCAUGGAGACUGGGGUUGUUACACUCCAUGUUACAUUCUGCUACCAUGGAGACUGGGGCUGUUACACUCCAUGUUACAUUCUGCUACCAUGGAGACUGGGGUUGUUACACUCCAUGUUACAUUCUGCUACCAUGGAGACUGGGGCUGUUACACUCCAUGUUACAUUCUGCUACCAUGGAGACUGGGGUUGUUACACUCCAUGUUACAUUCUGCUACCAUGGAGACUGGGGUUGUUACACUCCAUGUUACAUUCUGCUACCAUGGAGACUGGGGUUGUUACACUCCAUGUUACAUUCUGCUACCAUGGAGACUGGGGCUGUUACACUCCAUGUUACAUUCUGCUACCAUGGAGACUGGGGUUGUUACACUCCAUGUUACAUUCUGCUACCAUGGAGACUGGGGUUGUUACACUCCAUGUUACAUUCUGCUACCAUGGAGACUGGGGUUGUUACACUCCAUGUUACAUUCUGCUACCAUGGAGACUGGGGUUGUUACACUCCAUGUUACAUUCUGCUACCAUGGAGACUGGGGUUGUUACACUCCAUGUUACAUUCUGCUACCAUGGAGACUGGGGCUGUUACACUCCAUGUUACAUUCUGCUACCAGGGAGACUGGGGUUGUUACACUCCAUGUUACAUUCUGCUACCAUGGAGACUGGGGUUGUUACACUCCAUGUUACAUUCUGCUACCAUGGAGACUGGGGUUGUUACACUCCAUGUUACAUUCUGCUACCAUGGAGACUGGGGUUGUUACACUCCAUGUUACAUUCUGCUACCAUGGAGACUGGGGCUGUUACACUCCAUGUUACAUUCUGCUACCAGGGAGACUGGGGUUGUUACACUCCAUGUUACAUUCUGCUACCAUGGAGACUGGGGUUGUUACACUCCAUGUUACAUUCUGCUACCAUGGAGACUGGGGCUGUUACACUCCAUGUUACAUUCUGCUACCAGGGAGACUGGGGUUGUUACACUCCAUGUUACAUUCUGCUACCAGGGAGACUGGGGUUGUUACACUCCAUGUUACAUUCAUCUAUCAGGGAGACUGGGGCUGUUACACUCCAUGUUACAUUCUGCUACCAUGGAGACUGGGGUUGGACUGUGGACAUUUUUCUGUGAUAUUUAUCAUGUUCAUGUUAUGUUUAGAACCCAAACUGUUUUUACUAUACAUAUCUAUACAUAAAAAGGUUAAAACAAAA